CCAAACCCGCUCAAAAAGAUAUCAUCUCCUUCCUCUUGAACAACUUCAAUGACAAGCGAACCACUCACAUAUAACUCCCGCAGCAAGCUACCCUAGCACACCCGAAAAAAAAAAUUAUUGGCAAUGGCAAACAAAGCCCAAAUAGCGGCUGCGUCGUGGGGGAUCAAGACCAGCUUCCACUCCCUGUUGGCUCUCCUCGUCACCGGCGUCGUCAUCGGUGUUGUCUACCUCACCCGCGACGCAGAGCAGCCACUGCUGGAUGAAGAUAGAGCAGCAAUCCUCCAUAACUCGGCCGAAACGGCUUCACCGACACCAGCACCGUCCACAUCAACGUCGACAACAGAGCGGGAGUGCAACUUGUUCUCAGGGCAAUGGGUGUUCGACAAUGUGUCAUACCCUCUCUACAAGGAGAAAGAGUGCACGUACAUGUCGGAUCAACUGGCUUGCGAGAAGUUCGGCCGGAGGGACUUGAGGUAUCAGCAAUGGAGGUGGCAACCCCAUGGAUGUGACCUUCCUAGGUUCAAUGCCACAGCAUUGUUGGAGAGGUUGAGGAACAAGAGGCUCGUGUACGUGGGUGACUCGCUGAAUCGAGGCCAAUGGGUCUCCAUGGUUUGCCUGGUCGAGUCGGCCAUCCCUCCAAACCUCAAAUCCAUGUCGUCCAAGCACAACAAUUCCUUGCUCAUCUUCAAGGCCUCUGAAUACAAUGCAACUAUUGAGUACUAUUGGGCACCAUUGCUAGUGGAAUCCAACUCGGAUGACCCGGUCAACCACCGAGUGCCCGAUCGGAUCGUCCGGGUUCAAGCCAUUGAGAAGCAUGCGAGGCAUUGGUCCGACGCCGACAUUCUCAUUUUCGAUUCGUAUCUUUGGUGGAGGAGAUCUCAAAUGAAAGUCUUGUGGGGCUCGUUCGGGAGUCCGGAUGGAAUUUACAAAGAUGUGAUGAUGCCACGGGCCUAUGAGAUGGCUCUCAACACAUGGUCGGAUUGGUUGGAAGUGCAUGUGAAUAGGUCCAAGACCCAAGUCUUCUUUGUGAGCAUGUCUCCAACUCAUGAAAGAGCCGAGGAAUGGGAUGGGGACGAAGGCCAAAACUGCUACGCGGAAACCGAACCUAUCGCCAAAGAAGGGUACUGGGGAAGUGGGUCGGACCCAGGAAUGAUGCGGGUCGUCGAGUCCGUGAUCGACCAGUUGAAGGCGAGAGGCCUUGGGGUUCAAAUCCUGAACAUCACUCAGCUCUCAGAGUACCGGAAAGAAGCACACCCGACCAUACAUAGGCGACAAUGGGAACCCUUAACCGAAGAGCAGAAGGCAAAGCCAACUAGCUAUGCAGACUGCUUCCACUGGUGCUUGCCCGGAGUGCCAGAUGUGUGGAACGAGCUUCUUUACGCCCACAUUUUCCAAAAUCGGACACAAAGAUUAGAGAAUAGAGUUGAAGGAUUGUGAUUCAGAUAACUUCUUAUUUCUUACUUUUUCUUAACUUGAGGUUUGACCACAAUUAAGUGAAGCUGGGAUGGAAGUGAAGCUAGGAUGGAUUCACCCCUCACCACACCACAAGCCAAAAAUUGUCUUGAAAGAAGAAAGAAUGUACAAAGUGUGACUUGAUUGCUUUUUCUUUUUUUUUCUUCUUUUUCCACCAUUUUUAUCUUUUUCAAUGUGCAGUAAUGUGAUGGGGAUUUUUUAGUUGA